UCUCGAGACUUCCCUACAACAAACAUGGCGACUUUCAUGAGGGCACUUGCCCGGCAAGGUCGAACACUUAGUUUUGUUCGUCUUCGUCACCCAAAGCUGCAACAAUCAGCAUGUUUGAUUUCAACGUCAAAGAAAAACAAAGACAUUUCAACCACAGUCGAACCAAUGGAAAAAUCCGAAGAACUAAAAAGAUUAGAAAAACAUUUUGCUGAUACCAAUCCAGCCUCAGAAAAGAACUGGAUCAGCCAUGGUUAUGAGCCAACAGACCCUGAGCUGGACUGGUUUGUCCACAGAAUCACCAUGUUUAUGACAAUAACAUUAUGCAUUUGUUGGGGAGGCUUCAUCCUUGCAUACCAGCCUGACUAUAGGUACCUGAGUUGGUCUACAAGAGAAGCUUUCCUUGAGCUAGAACGACGAGAAAAGGAAGGUCUUCCUUUGAUAGACCCAGAACUCAUUGAAAAAGAAAGUGUGAUUGCCUCUCUACCUUCAGAUGAAGACCUUGGUGACACGGAUAUCAUCAUAUAAAUAUACUGUCGUAACACUCUGAUGGAGGUGUAGUGUAUGCUUUGUGUCAACCUCCAUUCAUCAUCAGGAAUCUUGUAUGCUGACAUCUCAAACAUAUUUGUUAACUUCAACCUGUUUACAUCUAUUGUGACAGAAGGAAACAAAUCACAUCAGUUAAAGCAAUGCAGGUGUUAUUAUAUAUUGAUUAUGCUAAACUGAGACUGAUGCUUUAUCUUUUGUUUUCUGGUUUGUCUUAAGUUUGGUUUGAAAAAUUAUUCUGUCGAUACCUGAUGUAUCAGUUUGUUAUUCCAGACGUGGUUCAAGCAAGACAGCUGUUUCGUGGGUCACAUACUGAUUUCUUUGUACAUAGUGUGUGUGCAUAGACACUUCCAACUGAGACGAAGAGUAGAUAUACUGGAAGCUUUUGGAACUGACUCUUUCGGAUGAAGGCCUUUCUUAUGUUCAAUAUUCGGGAGAUGUUAACAAAACACUUGAGUGGGAUGCCAAAGUGCUAUGUUGAAGAUUAAAUAAAAUAUUACAAAAUA